AUGAAUCACGCGACGCUCGCCACCGCCGCCGCGGGUAUCACCGUGCGCGUGACCCGGGGCCGCGCGCUCCGCGGGACCCGCCGCCCCGCCCGCGCGCGCCCGCUCGCCCCGCCCCGGGCCGCUAAGGACGGCGAUCGGCUCGAUGCGCCGAGCUCCGCGUUGAACUCCUCGCGCCGCGUCGCGCUCGGAGGCGCCGCGCUCGCGACCCUCCUCGCGACCCUCCCGACUCGCGACGACGCCGUCGCGUCGGACGCGGGGGACUGGUCCAGCCCCGGGCUCGCCGCCGAGGAUCCCCUGCCCGACGUCAAGUACGUCAAGACGGGGGACGGACUCGUGUACGAGCAGGUGAACCAGGGCGCGGGCGAACCCGCCAAGGCUGGCGACGUGGCGGUGUUCCACUGGAUCAUCCGCCGCGCGAACGGGUACUUCAUAUACGGCAGCAUCGACUGCGGGAUCGGGUGCGGCAACGGCGACCCGUCCGAGUACAGGCUCGGACCCGACGGGAACCUCAUCGCGGGGUUGGAUGAGCUCCUGACGGGGAUGAGGCCCGGGGAGAAGCGACGCGCGCUCGUGCCUCCCGCGCUCGGCUACGUGCGAAAGGGGAUGGAGCCGCAACCGCCGGAGUUUGGCCAGAAAAGGCAGGUGGAGGCGCACGCGAACGAGCCCCUGGUGUUCGAGGUGAAGCUCAUCAAGACGAGAACCGGGGCGUGACGCAUCGUCAUUGGACGAAAACGGGCACAUGCGGAUGACGAGCGGUUUCGAGGGAUGAACCGCGCGCGGGUCGUUCGAAGAUUCGCCACGAGGGGAUAAAAUAAAUCGCGAGAUGAAUGAAUCGAUCGCCGAC